GGCCGGUUUAUAUCCGCGGAGGGUCAGCUGACGCUCUGCAUUGCAGACUGCGGAGUGAGGAGGCGCCAUGUACACGCUCUUCCUUUUAGCCGGCCUCCUGGGUGCGGCUGUAGCCAGCCCUGUCCUGGGCCUGAAAGAAUGCACCAGGGGCUCAGCAGUGUGGUGCCAGAAUGUGAAGACAGCCACUGACUGCGGGGCCGUGAAGCACUGCCUGCAGACUGUCUGGAGCAAGCCCACAGUGAAAUCUCUCCCCUGCGAUGUAUGCAAAGAUGUCAUCAUUGCAGCUAACAACAUGUUGAAAGACAAUGCCACUGAGCAAGAGAUACUCGUGUACUUGGAGAAGACCUGUGAUUGGCUUCCUAAGCCGGACAUGUCCGCCUCAUGCAAGGAGAUCGUGGACUCCUACCUCCCAGUCAUCCUGGACAUGAUUAAGGGACAAAUGAGCCAUCCCGGCGAGGUAUGCUCUGCUCUCAAUCUCUGCGAGUCUCUUCAGAAGCACCUGGCAGAGCUCAAUCACCAGAAACAGCUUGAGUCCAACAAGAUCCCAGAACUGGACAUGGCUGAGGUGGUGGCUCCCUUCAUGGCCAACGUCCCCCUCCUCCUCUACCCUCAGGACGGCCCCCACAGAGAGCCCCAGCCAAAGGCUGGUGGGGAUGUUUGCCAGGACUGCAUCCAGCUGGUGACUGACGUCCAGAAUGCCAUAAGGACCAACUCCACCUUUGUCCAGGCUUUGGUGGAACAUGCCAGGGAGGAGUGUGACCGCUUGGGGCCUGGCAUGGCUAGCAUGUGCAAGAACUACGUCAACCAGUAUUCUGACAUUGCUGUCCAGUGGAUGAUGCAUAUGCAGGAUCAGCAACCCAAGGAUAUUUGUGGACUGGUUGGGUUCUGUGAUGAGGUGAAGGAGAUCCCCAUGCAGCCUCUGAUCCCUGCCAAAGUGGGCCCGGAGGACGUCAUCCCUGCUCUGAAACUGGUGGAGCCUGUUAAGAAGGACCUGGUCCAGGCGAAGGCUGAUAUUUACUGUGAGCUCUGUGAGUACGUGGUGAAGGAGUUGGUCGGGAUGAUUGACAGCAACAAGACUGAGGAAGAAAUAAUUCACGCUUUGGAUAAAGUGUGCUCAAAAUUGCCCACAUCCUUGUCUGAAGAGUGCCAAGAAGUGGUGGACACUUAUGGCCGCUCCAUCCUGUCGAUCCUCCUGCAGGAGGCGAGCCCUGAGUUGGUGUGCAGCAUGCUCCAACUCUGCACCUCCCAGGGACUGCCCGCGCUGACCGCACACGUGACUCGGCAGAAGGAUGGUGGCUUCUGUGAGGUGUGCAAAAAGCUGGUUGGCUAUUUGGACAACAACCUGGAGAAAAACAGCACAAAGGAAGAGAUCUUGGCUGCUCUUGAGAAAGGCUGCAACUUCCUGCCUGACCCAUAUAAGAAGCAGUGUGACCAGUUUGUGACCGAGUACGAGCCCGUGCUGUUAGAAAUCCUGGUGGAGGUGAUGGAGCCAUCCUACGUGUGUUCGAAAAUUGGAGCCUGCCCCAAGGCCCAUAAGCCUCUUUUGGGAGCGGAGAAGUGUGUCUGGGGCCCAAGCUACUGGUGCCAGAACAUGGAGGCAGCAACCUUGUGCAACGCUGUCGAGCAUUGCAAACGUCACGUGUGGAACUAGAGAGGAAGCUCCAUCUUGGAGAAACCACGGCAUCUUUUCCUAUUUGUAUGUCUGGGGGAAUGAACACAGAUCUACUGACUUUGUUAUAAAAAUAGGCCCCCCUUCCCCUCACGCCAUUUAUCUCCCUUGUUGUAGCUUUACUGUCAGUGCAGGAGGUGCCUAGGCCGCCAUUGACAUACUGCUUCAGUAUCCUUUUCUUUCUGCCACCUGGAUAGUGAUGUCCUGCACCCUGGAGGCCGUUCACUUGCCCUUGCAUGUGGUUACCUGGAAGAGGAAGGGGCUCACUGCUGGCAGCAGCCAGGGCUUCUCCACAGAAGGCCAUCUGUCCUCUUGGUUGGGGCUUUGCUCUGAGCCCUGACCGGUGGGUGCAUGGGCGCUCGUGGGCUUGGGCGUCUGAGGCCUCUGCCUACCCUGAGGGACACCUCCCCCUUCCUGGGCCUCUUGGCUGCUAGACAAAGAAGCAAAGAAAGGCAGCUUUAUAUGAAAGAUUAGAGGCUCAAAAUAAUUAGGCUUUUACACAGUAUAGUUUGCACUGAAAUAGAUUUUGGAAGUGGCUGCUCAGGAGACCUGGGUGGGGUUUGGGUUUGCUGCUCCUGGGUCAACCUUUGAUCCACCUUUCCUGUGUCUUCCCUGGUGAUGCCUUGUUUAGGGUUCUGUGGGUUUGCGGGAGGUGGGGUGGGGUGGUGGGAUGUCUGCCUGGGUGCAACCUGCAUAACUCAAUGUGGAGGUUCUGUGGGCCUGGCUUGUGUGAACAUGUGGACAGCGGUGACCACCUCAUGCCUGCUCUGUGCCUCUGUCCUUCCCGGGCCCACUACUGCUCUGGGCUGUCAGCCCCUCACCUGACCCAUUUCUUGGAUAUUGCUUUUGACCUUGAAAUAAAUGUGGAUGACCAGCUCCUAAGCCUCUGGCUUCUGGGUAGAGGGCCUGCUGGGUGCGCUGUUCAGGGGGCCUUGGCUGCUGCCCUGCCUCCUCUCUUGUUUGGCUGACUCUUCUGUCACAUUUCUGGUUGUCAGGGGACAGCAAGACCUGCAGUUGCCACUAAAUGGACUUAAUGAUUUUUUUGUUUUGCACUAAAGUUUCUGUGAUUUAACAAUAAAGUCUGUCAAUCAGA